AUGGAGAACAAUGACGAGGAUGGCAAUUGUAAUGGCGCUAUUGGUAGAGUUAUUGGUAACAAUAAUGAUACUAAUGAUGCUGAUGAAGACAAUGGUCAUGCCGAUGUUUACACUCUUGAUGGCAGUGGUAAUCUGUUAGGUCUACUUACUCGAGUUAAGCAUGGCCACAUGACUGAAAUAAAACCUUUAAACAGAGUGCGGCGAUAUUUUCCAAUGUCCCUCUGUCCGAGUAGGCAUGUCGCAUGGGAGGAUUUGUAG